AUGGUCCGUGUCGCUAAAGAUUCCUUCCACAGGCUCGAGCAAGCGUAUGCGAACUUGAACGAGGACCGACUGAAGAGAGCCGAGGCGGAGAUGCGGGAGACAAGGACCACGUCGGACCCUGACAUAUCGGUCUUGCUUCGCGAGCUGUCGAUUUUUGGCCACGCACAGCCGCUCUCGAACGAAUCCCGUUUGCUUAUGCGGAGGAAGAUCCAAGCUGUUAACAUUUGGGCCGGUAUGCCUGCAGUUUGGAUUACCAUCAGUCCCAACGACAUUAAUAAUCCGAUAAAGAUGAAGCUUGCCAUUCAUAGGCUGCACGAUUAUGACUCUGCAAAGGAGCUUUUGGCCGAUCUCCGUGAAAAGUACGACAGAAUCGCCCUCAGCACCAUGGAUCCGGUCAGCUCGGGCAUCUUCUUCCACCGAGAAAUAUCCCUAUUCUUUGACAAAUACGUGAAUACAGGCCGGGAAUCGAUCUUUGGGAAGAUUAGCCACUACUACGCGACGGUGGAGACGAAUGAGCGAGGCAGCCUCCACUUACAUGGACUCCUCUGGCUGGAGGGCAACAUGCGGUUACCGAACCUGAUGGACGAUAUGGCCAAUCCCGCGGAAGAAGCAUACCGUGCCCAAGUGAUCCGGUAUGUAGACUCUGUCUUUCACGAGUGUUUAGACGAAGAUGCCGGAAAAGCCGUGCGACAACAGAGGAAGCCCAUCGAUCCCGUGGAGGAGGUCAUGACCAGCUCCUCGGCUCUCACUGCGGCCUUCGAAGACGAAUCCAACUUCAUCGCGUACUGUUGCCAAGUGCACUCCCACACGUACACCUGCCUCAAGUAUUCUCUGAAGGGUAUCGUCGAACAGGGUGCAGAUCCACAGAGACGGACAGCCUGCCGCUUCAAGGCACCGUGGAAGAUCGUCGAGGAGACAGGGUUCACAGAGGACGGUCUGCUUCAGAUCCGGCGCAAUCACCCACUCGUCAACCGGUAUAACAAGUCAUUGGCGGUCGGCCUUCGCCACAAUCACGACGUCUCGAUGAUCUUGACCAAAACCAAGGGCCUGGCCAUGGUGUACUACAUCACGAACUACGCCACCAAACUGGAUACGCCGAUGUGGAAGCGCAUUGCUCUCGCCGCCGAGGUUGCCCGCCAACUCCGCGAAGCCGGUCGUCCGACGUCUCGCGCACCAGAUCCCGCCCUGCCCGACAACAGGCAGCAGGCAGUGUUGAACGAAAGCCGUCAAUUCCUGAUGAGAACGGCAAAUCGGAUCUUCUCCGAGCGACAACUCUCGGCCGUAGAGGUCUGUUACCACCUCCUUGGAUAUGAUACCGACUUUACCAACGUGCCGCAUUGGUCUUUCCUGAACAUGACGGCGCUCUAUUGGGCAAUCUUUCGGCUAUGGGCACAUCUCCGCCAUCAGGCCGGCGAGCUGACGGACGCUGAACAGCCCGCGGAGACAAUCCGUCUGAGGCAAGGAGGGCGAACCCUUCUAUACCUAGACGCGUACGCGUACCGGGGCCAUGUUCUACGAGACUUAUGCCUGUAUGACUACAUGUCAAUGAUUCAUUUGGAUUCCGACUGUGACGACUGGAUCCAAAAGCUUCGACGGCCCGACCAGUACGCCACCCCGAUCUUCCAAGGAUACAUCAGCGACGACCAUGAGGACGAUCACCCAGUCUAUAUUAAGCGAAAUUCGGUCCUACACUUGGCGUUAUUCGUCCCUUGGGAGAACUUUAUUUCUGAGAGCCAAGGCGACAUAACCGACAUAUGGACGACGCAUCGAUCGGGGCUUUGUCCCCGCCUCCGUUUCCAUGUCUCCAACAUUGGUCUUUUGAGAAAAUCUGCCGAAGACGCGCGCAAGGACGCGAAGCUCUGGGCCAGUCGAUCGGAAGGUGACGACACAAUUGACGUCGAGUACCCGCUUGACGAUGGCCGCUACGAGGAGGAGCCUCCAGCGAUGGCUCAUCGUCAGGCCUACAGAGCUCUACUCCAGAUUUUGCGAAAUGCCGUGCAGCAAACGGACGCCACGAAAGACUCACCCGUCCUUGGAGGCCUAAUACGCGAUCUGUGCGAAGAGAACCCGGCGGAAGAUGAGCAACCUUUGGUGCAACGUCAGGAGGAUUCGUACCGGAAUAUACCCCAUGAUCAAGGUGAUGCCUUGUGCCAAUUUCCAAUAUCUCGAGACGAUGUCCAAGCAGCGGCCAAGGCCCAACAGCUAAUGCAUCUUCGGAUGCUUGACGACAUUGAGAGUGGUUCUCAGGGGACCAUGCUUUCCGCGGAUGGCGCCGACGUCGACGAUACCCUAGCUCGCUACGGCGAUACGGAGUCCGCUGCUGCGCUCCCGGGCAGCGACCUCAAUGAACAAGGCCCUCGGAUGCUUGUCGACGUCAGUCCGGCAACUAGCUUCGCGGAGAUGGGACACACCACCGCAGCCAGCUUUACACUGAACUAUCUACAGACCAUGGCCCUUCAACUCGUUUGCCUGUUUCUGGACAAGUAUACUGCCAAUCCGGACUCAGCGGGUCAGCAUCUUCAAUACACCGGCGGGCCGGGUGGCACGGGAAAGUCGAGGAUUAUCGAUGCCCUGAAGGACGUGUUCGCGGCGAGGAACCAGCCGCAUCUUCUGCAGAUAACCGGCACAUCGGGCAGUUCGGCGGCCCAGAUUGGCGGCACGACGAUCCACUCGGCCUGUGGGUUAGAUUCCCAUCGCGAUCCAAACAAACCGCCUCCCCCCUUCUCGGAGGCGAAGAAGUGGAUCUGGAAACAGAAGCUGGUACUCGUGAUUGACGAGGUCAGUAUGCUUGGAGGAGCCACUCUGCACAACGUCAGUCGUCACCUGCAGGCACUCCGUGACUGCCCGGACGAACCAUUUGGCGGGAUGCCCGUCGUUCUACUGAUGGGAGACUUCUACCAGUUCGCCCCCGUGCGGGAAACAAGCCUACUAAUCAUCACACCGCCGGACCGAACAGAGACCCCCCUGCGACAAGCGACCAUCUCUCACCACAGCGGCUGCAGAUUGUGGCAUCUGUUCAAAACCGUGGUGCUCCUCGAAGACCAAGUCCGCGCACGCAACGAUCCCCAACUCCGUGCACUCCUGGAUCGAGUUCGUAACGGGCGCCAGACCCAUGAAGAUCUGAUCUUGCUCAAUGCCAACAUUGUAGGACGCUCGCAAAUCACCUUCCACGAUGGUUUGCGUGCUAUAACGCCGCUGAACCGCACCCGGUGGGCCCUCAACAUGGAAGCUGUCGUUGGCUGGGCGCGCUUCAACCAGCGGCAUAUCCGUAUCUUUGUCUCGACUCACACCUGGCGUAGCGGCGCGCUUUCUCCAGACAUCGUGGCGCGAACCAUCGGACAAGGCGACGACUCUGCCUGCAAAGUCCCCGGCGUCUUAUUCUACGCCCAGGGCAUGCCCGUGGUUGUGAACAAGAACAUCUACAUUGGCCUGAAGGUUGUGAAUGGGGCCGACUUUACUGCCGUGGAUGUAAUAAUCGAUCCCAAUCACCCGGGAUACUGCUUGGCAGAUGACGUGACCAUCCACUUCGGGCCACCGCUCGGCAUUCUUCUGCAGUCCGAGGAGACGAAGGCCUUGGCGAUACCGUCCUCCCGGUGGGGACGGGUAAAACGUUCGUGGAGGUACUCUUGGAGCUGCGUGGAAAUCGUGUGA